AUGCAUUCCUUCUUUCUGCUGAGCACUCUACUUCUCUCCUCCGCUGUUCUCUCGACGCCCAUCCCAGCCCCGACAGGAAUUCCAACCACAACUGAUGCUAAGUCCGAACUCGCAUCUCUCACAGUAGCAGUCGCUGGCUCGCAGAGCGGCUAUGCACGCGAUUUGUUCCCAACCUGGAUCACAAUUUCCGGAACAUGCGAUACUCGAGAAACGGUUCUGAAACGUGACGGCACUAACGUCGUUGUCGAUUCGGCUUGCAAGGCUACCUCCGGCACGUGGGUGUCUCCAUAUGAUGGAGCUACAUGGACAGCAGCUAGUGAUCUUGAUAUUGAUCAUCUUGUGCCACUGAGUAACGCUUGGAAGAGUGGUGCUAGUGCUUGGACAACAGCACAGAGACAGACUUUUGCGAAUGAUCUGACGCAUCCUCAACUUCUCGCCGUGACGGACAAUGUGAAUGAGAGUAAAGGCGAUAGUGGACCCGAGGAUUGGAAGCCACCUUUGAGCUCAUACUGGUGUACAUAUGCGAAGAUGUGGGUGAAAGUCAAGUCGGUGUAUGAUCUCACGAUCACUUCUGCUGAGAAGACGGCACUCACGAGUAUGUUGAACACUUGUUGA